UUUUCUGGGAACUGAGUUUUCUAACUGGUUACCGGCUUCGUGGUUUACUUUCAUUUGCGUCACGUGAUCGCUACAGUUCCAGGAAUCCCCUGCGAAAACAUUGAUACGUUCGAUGUUCGGUACUCACUCAAGAAGUAAGGUAUAACGCCAAUCAACAGAAAUGGCCAGCAAUAAUUUGGAUUGUGAAAUCCGUACUCUCAGAGAAAAACUCAAGAACUAUAGAGCUGGAAGUAUCGAAGGCUUGCACUCGUUCUCGGACGCUCUCGAGGGAGAAAUGGAAGGGAUGCAGAUACGGCUGGCGGUGUUCGGUAUGACAGGUGCUGGGAAAUCGUCGCUUGUUAACACGAUUUGGAAGACUUUAUACGGCCGAGAAAAUGCUCCUGCAAUAGAACAGUCAUCUGGAGCCGAGGGAACACAAUUACUGGAGGAUUUUCAUUCGCGAUCGGGGUCAGAAGAUGGCUGUGGCGGCUUUGUUUUCCAUGACACCAGAGGUUUUAACUUCGAUUUUAACAGAGCUGAAGAAAAUGAACUCUUCAGAAUUUUAUAUGGCAUCGUUUCUGCGGGGCAGCUUAUAGAGCGAGGAGACUGGGCUGAAAAAAUGGCCGAAGAAGCUGGUCAAGGUGCUCACAGGCUCGAAAAGCCUCCGGUUGCUGACCAAGUUCACGUGGCACUAUGGGUAAUCAAAGCUAACGACAUUCGUUUCGUGAAUGGCCACUAUCUGGACAAGUUCAAUUUUGUGAGGCAAAAAUUAAACAUGGAAGGUGUUACCAUAGUUACCGUUUUAACCCACGACGACAAAUUGGACUCUGAAGAACGCAAUGAAGCUAAAAAAAAAGCCAUGGAAGUGACCGGCAGUAAAAGGGCUCAAACAUUUGUCUUUGCUAAUUGGCUAGGAGAACAGGAAGAUUAUGACGUCAGUUACCAACGGGAGGUGUUAAAAAUGUUGUACACUGCUCUUGGGUGCGGCGAGCGCUCUGUACGGUCACGCCAGAUUAAACGAAAACUUGAUAAGUGAAAGACACUGUUUGAUGGAGAAAUCCUUCAGGUUUUAGAAUAGAGCUGCAUCUUUUAAUUGUGAGUAUGGCGAUCUUUUUUUAUGACAUUGACAGCCUUAUAUUAUUGCAGCUGGUCGGAUCGAUUGCUUUGAAAGCCAGAGUAGUCAAGUGACCCAGUGAAGUAGUGCAGUGCCAAGUAGUGCAGUGCGAACGAGUUUUUCUGUAAUACAAAUCCUGUGGUUGAAGAGCAAGGCUUGGCUGUGACUUUAAUUUGAAUUCAGUUACAACUUGUUGACAAUUGCUGAUAUAAUGAAAGCUUAUUCUCAAUAUAGUGAUAAUUAUAUUCAGUUUUUUGGCUUUUUAGAAAUAGUAACCUAUUCAAACCGGUCUCACUUGCUUUUGUAUAAAGAGAAAAGAGAGACCUUAAGUAGAAACUUCAAAAGCACUGGAGAGAAAAUAGGUUGGGAUGGGGGGUGAGCUGGGGGGGAGGGGUAAAAACUACCAAGAGAGAAGUAGAGUGCAAAUGAGAACAGAUGAUUGGACAGAUACGGACGCUACUGUUAAAACAUUGAUCCACGGAGGUAGGUACGAGAAGGAGACCGAAUACAAAUUGAAUUCUCCUUAUACAAAGUCAAAUGAGACCACUGGGAAUGGUAGACAACGUAAGCACGCAUUAUUUUAAUUACUCGCGGUCCUGAGUCAUGACUAGGAUCAGUGUCAUGUCAAUUAAGUGCCUUAUAACAGUUAGCUGAAACAAUUCAAAAAUGGAUUCACAUUUAUUAGAUAUUAUUACCAAUAAAUGCUUUGUCCUUGGAAAAA